GAGAAAGCAGGAGAAACUCCUCCCUCCGACGUGCUGCACUGGGACGGAUAGACCGCAGAGAGGAGGAGAGGAGGAGGAGUUUCACCUCAGCGCCGAAACCAGCUGGAAAUUCAGGUGUCUGCGGUCACUCAGUCAGUCAUGUCAGUCCUUCCGGGACCCUAACUCGCCGAAGAAAGAGCGAACACGGCGUCGACCCGCAAGAGCGCUGUGUUUGUAGCGCGCAUCUUCACCGGUGCGUUUUGGCGAGUCGCUUCCGCUUUUUCCGCUUGACGCCAAAAAUCCUAUUUUUGCUACUCCGUAAACUUUCACCGGGACGUUUGAAAGCAACGAGGGGGCACCGGUCGUCUGUCGUCCACGCGACCGAAUGCUACUCGUCCUAAGGCUGAUGUCCUCCAAGAGCAGCGUCUGAAACAUGGACGACCCUUUAAAGGUUGACUGAUUCCAGCUGACACCUUCGUAACUAUGCUGAGAGUCACUCGAGGCCUGAUGGCCGCAGUAGCCACCAACAAGCCGCCGAAUUCCCCAACGCAAUUCAGGGAAUGAUCAAACCAUCCUGCCCAGGACCCACGCAUAAAAAGACCUCUUACGUACAGGACGGCAGAUACCCCGAAUCCAAUGGCAUGGGUCAAGUUCUUCAGGAGACCAGGAGGCAAUCUUGCCAGGUCUUACCAGCCGGGAUCUAUGCUGUCCUUGGCCCCUACCAAGGGACUGCUAAAUGAGCCAGGACAGAACAGCUGCUUCCUCAACAGUGCAGUGCAGGUUCUUUGGCAUCUUGAUAUCUUCAGACGGAGUCUCCGUCAGCUCCCGAACCACUACUGCUUGGGCGACUCCUGCAUCUUUUGCGCUUUGAAGGGAAUAUUCUGUCAGUUCCAGCACAGCCGAGAGCGAGCGUUACCCUCAGAUAACCUGCGUAAUGCUCUGGCCGAAACCUUUAAGGAUGAGCAGCGCUUUCAGUUAGGCUUCAUGGAUGAUGCUGCUGAGUGCUUCGAGAACAUUUUAGAAAGGAUUCACCUGCACAUUGCUCCCGACGACGAGACGGACGCCUGCACGUCCAAGUCCUGCAUCACCCAUCAGAAGUUUGCCAUGGCACUUUAUGAACAGUCUGUGUGUAGAAGCUGUGGUGCUUCGUCCGACCCUCUACCCUUCACUGAACUCGUGCACUACGUGUCCACCACAGCCCUCUGCCAGCAAAUGUUGGAGAGGAGAGACGAAAGGUUCGGGGAGCUGCUUCAAGCCGCCAGCACAGUUGGAGAUCUGCGUAACUGUCCAAGUAACUGCGGCCAGAGAAUCAAGAUCCGCCGCGUACUGAUGAACUCUCCAGAAAUCGUGACCAUCGGCUUUGUGUGGGACUCGGAGCAGUCAGACCUCACCGAAGACGUGAUCCGAUCUCUCGGACCGCACCUCAAUCUCUCAGGGCUCUUUUACCGUGUGACAGACGAGCGGGCCAAGAAGAGCGAGCUUCUGUUGGUGGGAAUGAUCUGUUACUCCAGCAGACAUUACUGUGCCUUCGCCUACCACACCAAAUCAUCCAAAUGGGUUUUCUUUGAUGAUGCCAAUGUCAAGGAGGUGGGAUCAAGAUGGAAAGAUGUGGUCACUAAAUGCAUUAAAGGUCACUUCCAGCCCUUGCUGUUGUUUUACUCUAACCCCGACGGCAGCGCUGUCGUAACGGACGAGGCCCAGCAGACCAAGAGCAGUGCCACCCAAAAUAAGAGCUCAGUCAAUGGAGAAGCACCAGGAACUCCUGUGCUGGGUGGAAAGAAGCUGGAGUUGACGCGAGAGAACUUGACUGCUUUCUUCUCCAAUCAUGGUACUCUGAAGCAGAAGACUCAGCCUCCCUCUGUGUUCAGUCGUGGCAGUAACCAGACCAGCGGAGGCAGAGGACCAGUGAAGAUGAGCUUUGAACCGAUUCAGAGUCGAUUCAGAGAGAUUUUACGUGAGCUGCCGAGAGAAGGCCGUCCCAUCAACCUCAUGAAGAAGGACUCGGAUCGGUCGCAGACGAGAACAGAAACUCUCAGGCACCGGGACUCCUCAGACAAGCCUCAUUCCCGCUCGCUGUCUCCUCCAGAAAACGGCUUCAAGCUUCUGGAGUCUCGGCUCUACAGCAGCCAGGGCCGGGGUCCGACCAAAGCCGAGCGCUGGCCCGUCACUAGCACUCAGUACAGCCACGAGCCCCGCUCUCAGUCCCAGCCUCGCGUCCCGCUUCACCCCCCGCUCGAGGCCCGCUCCCGGAGGCUGGAUGUGGUCAACGGCUACGACACGGACAGCAGUCAGGACUCUCAGACGUACGCGAGCUCACGCGUCCGGCCCGGUCGAGCCUGGAGGCCGAUGAGAGAGGCUCUCAACGUCGACAGCGUCCUAAACAGCGACGGCAAUCAAAACUACUCGACCUCUCGCAGGCAGACUUUUAACCAGGAGGCCGAAGAGUCGGCGUGGGGCUGGAGAGAGGAGCGCAAGCCCAAGAGCUUGAUGACCAUUUACGAGGACGAGCAGCGGCAGGACCUAGGCAGCAGGAGCUCGCUGGAGUCGGAGGACAGGGUUAAAUCCGGCGCCAAUAACCUCACCAUUCGGACCGACAACUGGAAGAUCCAGCGCACGGAGUCAGGAUACGAGAGCAGCGACCGUCUCAGCAACAGCUCGGCAAACCUGGACUCUCCUGUGGUGGAGAACUACGGCAACAAAGAAAUGCAAUCCGUACCAGAACCGAACCUCUCCAGGGAGCCUAACUACCAAAGGAGGUAUGAGGAUACAAAGGCCGAGAUCUCCCCUUCAUCCAUUAUCUACAGUGACCACCAAAAGAAAGCUUUUGAUCAUUCCGUGAGUCCUGUUGUUCCCAGGAGGCAAGCUUUUCGAUACAACCCUGCUAAGGAUAGGAUGGAGAAGACUGAGGUGGAUCGAGUCCACGCAGUAAACGGGAACCCCAUCUCUCCUAUUUUCACCAAAACCAGCAGUUCGGAGUGGAACAGCUCUGAUGAUCUUGCCGGACCCUUCUCUGAGCAGGAGGAGUCCUCAUCACGAGCCGACGCUCCUGCGCUUCCCUCCCGGACUCUGUCUCACGCCUCGGCUCCGCCGGUGCCUCCCAAACCCGUCCUCCUGAGCUCGGAGAACCUGCGUCGAGAUCCCCGUCCGCCCAGCCCUCGGCAUCUGCCUCGAAACGGCUCGGCUCUGUCCCAAAGCGUCCUUCAGAAGUGGCUGGAAAACUCGGACACGAGCUCGAAGUCGGGCUCCUCCGACCAGGAGAGGAACGAUCUGUCGGAGGGCGAGGAGAAGCUCUCCAGACCUGCGUCCGGCUCUCCUGUCAUCCCCAGCACCUACUUCUCCGUGGACAGCUGCAUGACGGACACGUACCGCGCCAAGUACCAUAAAAAGAGACCUGCUCUGUACGUGACGGCAGACUCUCGAGCCGGGGAUCACACCUCGUCUGGUGAAAGUGAUUACGGGGAAAGACUGUCUCCGGCUCCUUCAGAAACACACAGCAGAGCCGCGGCGCUGCCAGUUCAUGUGUCCAGUAAUAAACCCACUGCUAAAUGGAACCCAGUGUCAGUGAAAGGACUGGAUGAGCACGGCUUCCUCUGACCUCGGCGGCCUCCUCCUGGAGGAUGUAGCACGCGCGCGGCAGCAUCGCUUCACGUUUGCACAUUUUUAAGCCAAACGAGAACAAGAUCACGUAACAUAAAAGAUAAAGUUCCAAAACACUCCUUAGGCUUAAGAAUAUUUGAUGUAACUUAAGACUAACAAAACUACGACAGAUCGUCUAAUGACAGGUUCUCUAAAAAUGCAGCCCGUUUAUGAUAAAGUGCUUCGGUUGGUCUGGAGGGAUGCGUUUCUUCUGAUUCUUCUCUGUUCUGAUUGUUUGUGGAGGGAGGAGCUGCUAAAAGAUUGGAUUGUAUUUUCAGAAGGUGAAGCUGCUAAAUGUGAAACCGUUUCUGUCUUUAGUAAGAACUGCUUUUGAAAAGCAAAACCGAGCUUAACGUUCGAUGGCCUUUUUGUUGGUUUAGGUGCUCGAUAUCUCUUUUUAUUAUUUAGUUCCUCCCCGAUAAUUCAAAAGGGCCGCUUUAUACGUUUUCACUCUUUUGUUCGUGUUAAGAUCGUUUUUUUUCGACCCAUGUGCACAGAAGUUAAAGAGAACACACUGGAGAUUAAAUUGCUUGGUCACUUCUAAGUGAAAAGUCAAAUUUGAGAUUAUUUGGGCACAUCUAAAUAUGUUUUUUUUCAUAUUUAGAACAAGACAAGUUGUACAUUUUGUCAUUAUUUGUAUGAUGUUUUGUAUAUUGCUAGGCAGAACACUGAAUAGUGCCUUAUUUUGUAUGUAAAGAUGGGAUAAAGGUGUUUUUAUUUGUAAAAUGUUAACUUUCUAAAUUCUUUUGUAAUAUUGUAGUUCAUUUUGGUUAAGAACUUUUAAUAAACUGAUUUAUUUAAGCAUAA